GUGGAUUUUGUUUCAGAGAGGAGAGGAGAGAGGAGUACAGGAACCUCUGGCCCAACAGAUCCCGACUCAGUACCUCUUGUGCGGCCCCAACAUGGAGGGCACCCCGGACCAAACAGCCGAUCUGUUCUCUGAUCAGAAUCAAAGCUUUGAGCUCAACAUGACAGCCGCUAACACCAGCUCAGUUUUUGUGGAUGUCAUGUCGCCAGAGAUGAACAAAGCCAUCAACAUCCUUAUGAUAAUCUGCAUGUUCGUCACCAUGGUUUCAAUGGGAUGCACCAUGGAGGUUUCCAAGAUCAAGCAUCACAUAGUGAAACCAAAGGGGGUGGCCAUAGCACUGUUGGCUCAGUAUGGAGUCAUGCCUCUGACAGCCUUCUGCCUGGCUAAGGUGUUCCAGCUGGCUGAUAUGUUGGCUGUGGUGGUUCUGAUCUGUGGCUGCUGUCCUGGAGGAAGCCUCUCCAACCUCCUGUCCCUUGCUCUAAAGGGAGACAUGAACCUCAGCCUCGUGAUGACGUCCUGUUCUACGCUGCUGGCCCUAGGCAUGAUGCCUCUGCUGCUCUACCUCUACUGUCAGGGCUUCGACCUGCAGAACGCAGUGCCCUAUGUUGACAUCAUCAUAUCGCUGGCUCUGAUCCUCAUACCCUGCGGUGCCGGCAUCCUCAUCAACCACUACAGGCCGCAGUUAGCCAAGACUGUCACAAAGGCAGGCCUCAUUUUCCUGGGUAUCUCUAUGGUGGUGAUCGCCACCGUCGCUAGCUUUGCCAUCGGAGACACUCUCCUCACAGUGCUGUCUCCUCCCCUCAUGGCCAUCGCUGCUCUCAUGCCCUUCAUAGGCUACGUCUUCGGAUACGUCAUCUCCUCGCUCUUCAGACUCAGCCAACCGGAGCGGAGGACCGUUGCUAUGGAAACAGGCUGUCAGAACAGCCAGCUGUGCUUCACUAUCCUGAAACUGGCCUUUCCCCCGGAGCUGACUGGCCCUCUGUUCCUGUUCCCUAUGGUGUAUGUGAUAUUCCAGCUGAUGGAGGCGGUGCUGCUCAUCUCGCUGUUCUGGGGUCACCACAGGUUCACACGCAAACAGAAAGAGAAAGUGACAUACCAGCCUGCAACCACUGAAGAGAAGUCAAAAGAGGCCUCUGAGGGCACGGUAUGAUGAUGGAGCUUUAUUGUUUCUAAUAAUGUGAACUCUUGCUGACCGGAGCCUCCAGCUUGAUGGAGACUGAAGGAAACCUGCACUUCUUUUAACACGAUGUAUAACUGCAGAGAAGCCAUUUUGUGCCAAAUCAUUUUUAAGAAAGCGAAUAUUUAUGUUUGCACUGAAUUGUAAAUUGACAACUUUGUAUUUUUCAUUUUUAAAAUAAAGGCCACAUAAACACAAGAUGAAUGAUUUAGUUAAAACUGUUUUAUUAAGUCCACCGUCUUCCUACACCAUACAAACGUCCAUCAUAUUUUUCACUGAAAAUAAAAUCCUUACGUACAAAAA